AUGUUUCUCCACCACCGUCAAAACAACACGGUUUCCGCCGCCAUUAACCACCGAAUCCCAUCCCCCGUCCUGCCGGAAGUCCCAUCGCCCGUCUUGCCUGAAGAACUGAUCAGAGAGAUCCUCCUGAGGCUUCCGGUUAAAUCUCUUCUUCAAUUAAAGUGCGCGUGCAAAUUAUGGAAAACCCUAAUCUCCGACUCGCAUUUCGCAAAGACUAAUCUUCAAAUUCGCAUGAACAACCCACGGUUGGUCUUUUCCGAUUUAGAAACACCAUACAAAAUCGAAUCUUACUCUUUGGAUUCAUUAUUUGAGAACUCAUCAUCAACCCCAGUUGAACCAAUUACCAUGAGCUACGUGAAGAAAAACAAGAAUUGUAUUAUAGGUUCAUGUAAUGGGCUGUUGUGUAUGUAUCAUAGCUAUAAAAAUGUUGUGAGACUGGGGAACCCUUCAAUCGGGUUCAAAUCCAACAAAUCUCCCGAAGCUUUUUCGCCUGAUUGGAUGGUCGUGCAAUAUGGCUUUGGAUAUGAUCAAGUGAAUGACAAGUACAAGGUGCUAGUAGUUGCACAAAAUAAAUAUGAUUCUAGUCAACUUUUGACCAAAAUUUAUAUAUUUGGCGAAAACUUUUGGAAAACCAUUCCAAAUUUUUCCUUUAGGCCCACUGGCCGGUUAGGAAAAUUUGCGAGUGGCACUCUGAAUUGGGUGGUUUAUAAAAUAGGUGUUAGUUCUGAUCAAAAUCAAAAUGUGAUUUUUUCCUUUGAUUUGGAGAAAGAGACUUCCAGGGAAAUAUUGCUGCCUGAAACUAACGUUGACAAUUGGUCGUUCACACAACGAAUGCUAUAUGUUUUGAGUGAUUGCCUAUGUGUGUGUAAGUGUGACCGUUUUGGUGCUGUGUGGUUGAUGAAAGAGUAUGGUGUUGUUGACUCAUGGACUAAAUUGAUGAGCAUUCCUCAGAAGCACAUCCAUAAUGAGUUUUCUCCUAUUGAACCCUUGUUUAUUUCAAAACGUAGUGUUCUUUUCUUGAAAACAAUGUAUUCUAAAGUUAGCAUAUGUGACUCAAAUGAUAGUAGGAGUCAAACUUCUUUUGCUGAACCCUUGUUUUUUUUUAAAAACGGUUCUCUUGCUCUUGGAGAAAAACCGUCUUCACAACUUUUCAUAUAUAGUUCAAAUAGCGGCCGAGUGGAAUCGUUGAUAACUAGCACGCUUGGGUCCAAUCUACAUAUUUAUCACGAGAGUUUGGUAUCACCGCAGUGGUAA